AUGUCGACAGUAUCUACGGAAAGCCCUCCGAUGGCGAACGACAAGGGUAACGGUAUGCUCAUUUCUCAACAAGAAAAGCCAGCGCCUAUGAACUUGAAGCUACCGGACACCACGGCUGACUUGAACUUGGGCGGUACAACUCGCCCCCCUCCACCGCUUCACUUGGCCGAUUUGCGUGAAGAAUUUCUCGCUGACACAAGCACAUAUUCUUCACUGGGGUGGACGCUUGAUGCUCAUGAUCUCACCGCCAUCGAUAUGCCCACGUCUUCGUCCAACAUGUCGCCCUGGCGUACACUUCCUGCACUUACGGGUGCAGAGGCAGCUCUGCUUUUUGGAGAGCAGAGCGCAUACCUGCCCUUCCCGGACUCUAUCUUGGAGCAUGCUGACUCUAAUUCGUUCGAGUGCAGAUCCCUUGAAGAUGGCAGCCUCGAACUUCAACAACUACCCUUGGCACUGAUGAAGGAGCUCUGGAGUAUUGACCAUUACUUCGAUAAAGUUCAUUCUUUCGUGCCAAUCCUGCACAAAUAUCAUUGGGUCGAGGCCUGGCUAGGAGACCCGUCCAGGCUUCGUGCUACUCUAAAAACGAAUUCACCAUCUUCACUUCUGGUUCAUAUGGUCUUUGCGCUUGCCGCACGUUUCUCCUUGUCCCCCUACUUCGAACGUGAACCUCCGUCAGAGCGUGGUCAGAGGAUUGCAGCAAAAGCAACAGCGAUUUAUUGGGACUGUUUGCAGUCGCUGCAACAGCCGGAUCUGGUCUAUCUCCAAGGCUGCACCCUCCUGGCAUGGUACCUAUACCUGUCAGGGCCCAACUUGCAGGGUUGGCUGACUAUAGGCACGUGCACACGACUUGCAUAUGAGAUGGGUAUUGACAAGAUCGACGCUACGAACGGAGAUGUACCGCUCACGCUAGAUUGGUCACAGCAAGAGGAGCAGCGCCGGGUUUGGUGGUCGAUUUGGGAACUGGACACUUUUGCUUCUGCCAUUGCCUGUAGGCCGCAUACUAUCGACCGACUUAGCAUGGCGGUCAAGCUACCUGUCUCAGAUGCUGACUGGUUGGCCGAUAACUCCGUGGAAUCAGUGGUGAUCGAUCCGGACCCCCUGAAUGCUUGGUACACCCUGAGGGACUCGGCUAACCAGGACGAAAGAGCCUGGUUCUUGCUCUGCAACUACCUGCUGCUCAUCGCGUAUGGCCUGGGCCGACAGUCAAACGUGAGUGACCAGAGUAUCCUGGAGAUUGAGAAGGCGGUGACAUGUUUUGCCCUUCUGCUCCCAAAACAGUUUCACCUACACCCGGAGCUGGGUAGCCUGUCCUUUGGCCCCAAGGACUUCAUACGAAGUAAUUGGAUAAUUUCCACCAAUAUCAUGUUGCAGGGGUGCCUUACAUUCAUCAGAUUUCUACAAGAAACAGUAUCGAGGGGAGACCCUAACCCGUUGGAGGGCAAUAACUUGCUCUCACCACUGGCAGGCGAAUCACACUACAGUCACCGAAGAUUGAACUACGAGCGUAUGGCAGACAACUUGUUGCAGAUCAUGCAGAUGUGGCCGGCCGAAUACAUUGCCUAUAAUUCUCCCUUUAUCGGCUGUCUCAUGCUAGGGCCUGCUGGUAUGAACGUGCGAGUGGCCCUACAGCGCGAGAAGUCAGCAAAAUGCACUGGAAAUCGGCCAAAUAUCGAUAUCGAGAUGUUAAGGUUGGCGCUUUCUCAAAUCUCAAGGUAUUGGAAAAUAGGUGACGAGAUGCUUGCUCUUCUAAGCUCAAUCACUGGGUCAGAGCUUUCGUCAUGA